AUGGAGCUACCCGCAGCACACAGGCACCGUCUGAAGACUAUUGGACGACUGCAGGCAGGGCACAUAAACUGCCCCCUAAUGUUGACACGGAUGUGUUCAGGGAACUCCCUGAGGACAUCCAGAAGGAGCUGCUAUCACCUGCCUUCACCCGUACCCACCCCACCUCCUCCGCCUCGGCCACCAGUCGGCCAGUCCCCACCCCCCUACCCCUCUACUAUGGUCCUGACCGAGACCCUGCCUCCCAGUCCCAGCCUCCCCUCCGUUCUUCCGGUGACUCCCAUCCACUCCCCAUUAGGGUGGGGUCCUACCUCUGUUCAUCUGACGCACUGUCAACCACCACAGAGGUCAGCCGGACCCCACCGGGCCGGACCAGGAGAACCCCCCGCGGGAGACCCCAAGAGGGCUGGGGGACAGGCCCUGUGUUCCCCCUGUGGUGUCCCAGGGGACGUGGACCCCGCUGUGUUCUCAGAGCUGCCCCUGGAGAUCCAGAGGGAGCUGAUGGUCGGGUGGAGACAACAGAAGCCGCUUCUGAAGGCACCCUCCUCAGAGAGAAAGUCUUCUAGCAAAUACAAGAAGGCUGCGGUUAAAGGCGGUAGGCAGAACGAAUUGUACAAGUAUUUUAAGGCCAGCUAGGCUUUCUGCCUUGUUCCUCCCUAUGUGGCCCAAGACUCUUUGAUUGUUCAUAAGAAAUGUUAAUUUUAUCAAAGGAUUAUUUUUUUGUUAAUUUGGCAAUAAAAGUUAUGGUUUCUUCGAGACAUGUGAUUGGUU